AUGGCCGGUUCAGAGAAGAAGGAUCCUCCGAACUUAGCUACGAUGGGUUCAGCACAAGCAGCUGCUUACGCAGCUAUUGGACUGUCAACAGUAUGCGUUCUUGUUACCGUAUUCUAUAUUCCGAUAUUUCUAUCGAAAGUACAAUCUAUCCAGGACCGACUAUCAAAGAAUAUGAAUGAGUUCAAUGUAAUGCAGACGGAGAUUUGGAGUGAUCUCCAGCAUGCAAAGAACGAAUCUCCAGUCCCUAAAGUCAAACGUCAAGCUGAUGCUGAAUGCGCGCGUUUGCUCAGAACAGCCGCAAAAAUAAGCUUUCUUAGGCAAGUCUCGCUAUUCUAUUCAUUAUUCACCCACUUAAGUCCUUUGGAAAGGGAGCUGAGCACCUUUAGCAUUAUUCUUCAAAAAAUUGAGCUGAUUUCACCUUAUUUACGUUACCUGGUUUGGAAUUUCUUAGGAGAGUGUGUUGUAAAUAAUGAACUAUUGCCUGAUAUCGAACUUGCAGUGUGCAACGCAGAAAACACCUGUCCCCCAGGAGAAAAAGGUCGCCCUGGUAUUGACGGUAUGGACGGUAUUCCUGGCGAGCCAGGUACGCCAGGAGAGCCCGGCCUCCCAGGAAUCGUACCUCAGGUGCAAGUAAGCGCCAGUGGUUGCCGUGUCUGUCCACCAGGACCAAAAGGACCAUUAGGAUAUCCUGGCCAGCCUGGACCGCAAGGAUUGCCUGGAGAGGAGGGACCACAAGGAGAUAGUGGACGUCCAGGAAGUGACGGAAUCGCUGGACCACCUGGACCAAUGGGUCCAUUGGGCGAGCCUGGAAAGGACGGUGAGCAGGGUCCUCCGGGAGCAGAAGGUACACGAGGUGAAAAAGGUCCCGUCGGGCCACCAGGACUCAAGGGAAUGGUCGGUCCUCGAGGUUAUCCU